AUGAACUCAAGAGAUGCCCACAGUCCUGUGUUUUUGAUAUUUCCUCCAGAGAUCAAUGUUCCAGAUUAUCAAUCAACAGUCAUUACAGCUACAACCUAUGAGUCUCAAAGCCCCUUGGAGAAAUUACUUGUUGGAAGAAUGAAAAUCUCAGGGACUCUCCAGAUCCUGCUUGGAAUUAUGAACUUUUCUUUUGGAAUGAUUUUCCUUUUCACUUUGGUACAACCAUACCCAAGGUUCCCCUUUAUAUUUAUUUCAGGAUAUCCAUUCUGGGGCUCUGUUUUGUUCAUUAAUUCUGGAGCUUUUCUAAUUACAUUGAAGAGAAAAAUGACAAAAACCCUGAUGAAAGCAACUCAAAUAAUGAAUUCUCUUAGUGUUCUGGGAGCAUUGGCUGGAAUCAUUCUCCUCAUAUUUGGUUUCCUUCUAGACCAAAACUACAUUUGUGGUUAUUCUCAAGAAAGUGAAGAGUGUGAUGCUAUUACUGUGAUAUUCACUGGAAUUUUGAUUAUGUUGAUGGUCUUAACCAUUAUCGAAUUAUUCGUUUCCCUGUCUUUCUCGAUUUUGGUGUUCCACUCAGAGGACGAUACUUGUGAGGAAUGUUGUUGA